GGCCCAGAAAGGGAAAAGUGGGAGGGAGGGAGGGAGGGAGGGAAGACAGGAAAGGAAAGGGGGAAGAAGGGGCUCCGACCUGCACUUCUGCCAUCCCUUCACUCCAGCAUGGGCGUGGGGGGCCGCUCUCCCAAAGGCCCGACGCUGCAGUGGUAGAGAAGAACCUGGACCCGACAGACGUGACCCCCAACCUCUUUCCCUUCGCCGCGCCCACCUCCACCUCCUCCACCUCCUCCUCCACCUCCUCCACCGUCUCUGCCCUGUCAGGCCCGGCCGGGCCCGCGCUGCCCUGAAGGGUUUUCCCGAAAGGCCCGCCAUGGAGGAAGUGAUGGGCCACGACCCGGAGGCCCCCCCGCUGGCCCCUCCAGCCCUCGUCGCCUCCAGCCCCAGCUUCAUCCGCGUCACGGCCAAGUCUCCCACCGGGUGUGCCCAGUUUGUGCUGCCCGAGGCCAGCACGGUCCUCCAGCUCAAAGAGGAGAUUUCCAAGCGCUUCCACUGCGAGCCCCACCAGCUGGUCCUGGUGUUCUUCGGCCGGAUCCUGAAGGAGCCGGACACCCUCCGGCAGUGCGGCGUCGGCGACGGGACGACCGUCCACCUGAUGAUCCGGUCCCUGAAGAGAGAGGAGGAGGAGGAGCAGCCGCCCCGGCCUCCCUACGGGCCCGGGGAAGCGGCCGGUGCCCCCGCCGCGUCCGAGGGCAGCCUGGCCUCCCCAAGGACUAGCCGGGGCUCGUGGGCCCCCCAAGAAAGGAGCCCCUCCAGUGCCGAGCGGCCGCUGGGGCCCGCCUCGGAGAGGAUCCUCCAGAAGGUCCGGCGGGUGAUCCUGGCCAACCCGGAGAUCCAGCGGCUGGCCCAGCAGGUCCCCGCCCUCAGCCAGAUCCUGAACCACAUGGGCAUCAUGAGGGUGAUCCUAGACAAAAUGAGGGAGAUCAUGGAGCUCGCCAAGAACCCGGAGAUGGCGGCGCCGGACCCGAAGGGCUGCGACCAGUCCUUGAUCAGCCUCCAGAGCAACAUCCCCGGCGGGGACAACCCUUUGAGUCAACUGAGCAGCAGCGACGCUCAGGAGCCGGCGGGCCAGGACCUUUUGGGCCCCUCCAGCCCGUUCGCCACCCUGGCGAGGAGCCCGUGCUCGGAGCCCCCUGGCCUGAGCAGCCAAGGCCUCCCCAUGGAAACCCAAGAGGGCAGGGGGGCCCUCCCCCUCACCCCCAGCUCCACCAGCAUUUGGUCCGACGGCCGAGACGACGAGGGGCGGCCCUUCCACACUCUCGCCGGUCCUCUUGGCAAAAGCUCGUCCGCCCUCGACCUCGCGCCCGCCCCGGGGACAGAGCUCUUCAACGCGGGGGGGCUCCAGGCUCCGGAAGCGGCCGAGAUCCCCAUGCUGAUCGUGAACCUCUGCAACGCCUACACCAAGCGCAUGAUGUUCUCCCUCAUGCAGAAUGCGCUCCUGGACUCGGACGGGGCUCUGGCCGCCCAGCCCGAGCAUGUCCGCCGGCAGGUGCUGCACUUCUCCGAGCAGAUGCAGAGCCCCGAGAUGGUGGCCGCCCUCGCCAACCCCCGGGCCAUCCAGGCCUGGGUGCAGAUGGAGCAGGGCCUGCAGGGGCUGGCCGCCGAGGCCCCUGUCCUCAUCCCCUGGUUUAUGCUGCGCCUGAGGGGGCUGGGGAACUCCGCUGGGGGGACCCCGGGGCCCCGAGAGCCUCCCUGCCAAGGAGGAUCCGCUGCUACGGAGUAAGGGCCCCCUGCCCCUUGCUCCUCUUGGGGUGAGGGGUGGGGGUGUCUUUUGGUUCCCCCCUCUCUCCGCCAGAAACCCUGGGAGCCACCGGCAGUGAUGGAGGAGCCCCCCCCUCGCUGACUUGGCUGGAUGGGCGGGCUUGCACAAGGCAGCCCCAGCGUCCCCCUGGGUGAAGCAGUGGGCUCUGCUGGGAGGGGGGGGCACUGCUGGCACGCCUGUCACCUGUGGACCUGAAUCGCGGCUCCAGCUUUAUAAAGGAAAUGCAAACCCACCCUUGGCGUCCUGCCUGCCU